AGUUAGAGAGAAAGGGGCGUGUGCACCUGCCCGCUGCUUCCCAGCUCCCCCUGCCUUUUCUACCCACUUACCCCUCCCCUAGCUGUAUCAGUGUGUAGCAACUUACCGCUGCCCAGUGUCACAUACUGUUCCACACAAGCCGCUUGCCUAGCUGGCACCCCGGCACUGCCGAGCAUACAGAAGUGUCUAUGCCACGCAGUAUGUGCCGGCCCGCCAUUCCCCUCCCUCAGAGUGUGAGAGACAGGAGCCCCCCGGCGCCCCUUGCUAUCGCACUGAAGCCGGAGACAAAGAGCGGCUGACGAGGCUUGUCAUGGGCAGGAGGCUGCUCUAAUCCCCAGGGCAGCCGUGCACUCGUACUAUUCUGUCAUACAGCUCCUUACAUCUCCACCAGGGGCUGCCUGAUUUGCUGCUGCCUUACUGACAACAUGGAUCUGCUCUAACCCUGGGGGAGAUGCCUUCGCAGCCCCGGAUUUUCCCUGCGUUUCUCCUGAUGUGCAGCUGUGGAACGUGUAUGUUUGUGGGAACCUCCAUACUGCACCCUUUACAGCCACUAUCUCCCAGGACCCAGGAAAUACCUGCAGCUUGUACUCCAAGCCUGAGCAGCACCUUCCUGUGACAGACCGGCCACUUGUACCAAAGGCCAAGCAGCCCACCUGUAGGAAUGUACAUUGUGACCCCACAUAACAGCACUGGCAGCAACAGGAGAUAGCUGCCCAACUCCUGAGGAGACUUACAGAGCCACCCACGAGAAUACUCUACCCCCAGCCACCCAUGACAAUAAGCAGCCUGUGCGGAUAAUUAUGGGAAAUGUAUCAAAGUGACCGACCUGUUCUGACGCCACAUACACACUACUGAAGUGAACUAAGGAAUCAAACUCCAAAAUGAUUCGCCAAUAACAGCCCCGAACAUGCCCACACGUGACCAGCAAGCUCCCUAACGCUGGAGUCGCACAGUCUGCGCUGCGCACAGGGUUAAUCUGCGGACUCAGAGGGAACUGCUUUGACCCAGUGCUUGAGUCGCUGAAAGGAAAAACAAAACGCAGAAAGCAAACUGUACCGGUUCAAGAGUUCAAGCUCCUGUGUAAUAAUCCCCGACACACCCUCCGCUCCCUGUAGGCUCAGCAGUAGGCACAGUGUUGUACCCAGUCCUGCCCGGUGCCAUGGCGAGGAACUAGGGAGCGUUAUGAGCCCUGAGCAGCGGCAGGACUAUGGAGAAACCGGGGCCCAGUGCCUGCUAUCCAGGUGAUUUGAAUAUGAAUGAGGGGGGUGCCAAGAAGGCGUGCGGGACUGCGGCUGCCCCUGGGGCCACUUACGGGCAGUUUCAGCACAGCCUUAGGGACAGCGCCCAGCUGGCAGAGACUAAUGGCGGGUACAGCGGGCACCAGGCUGCCAUGCCCCUGAUUAGCCCCCACAGCGAUACCGACGAUAGAUCGGGCGCGGAACUGUCCCGCGAAAGCUCGGGGCUGCCGGGGGGCCCGUGGGACAUGAAUAACGCCAUGUCCGAGUCCGAAGAGGAGGCAGAGGAGAGAAGCUUACCCGGGAGCCACUCGGGGCCUGGGCACAACUGGGGGGAUUUGGUGGGGGCAGCAGAGCCUCCGGGGGGGCAGGGAGGGAGCAGCCCCGCAGAACCGCCCGAUCUAGAUAUAGAAGUGACCGGAGGGCAGAGGAUCCGAGCCCACAAGUCAGUUCUGGCUGAGAAAAGCGACUACUUCAGGGCUCGCAUGUCCCGGGACAUCCUAAAGAUAAAGGGGCUCAGUUACCAGACCCUGCGGCUGCUGGUGGAUUAUAUCUAUAGCGGGCGGCUAGAAGUCGGCCAAGACAAUGUAGUGGAGGUGAUUAGCGGGGCCAAGUUCCUGCAGAUGCCCUGUGCCGUACAGUGUGCCAUGGACAGUAUGCGCUCUCAGAUCUGCCUGCGCAACUGCUACCAAGUGCUGCACAUCGCUAAGAAGCAGCGACUAACCGAGCUCAGGGAGGCCGCCUACAAGUUCAUGAGCGACAACUUCUUGCAGGUGCUGCGGGAGCCCACGGUAUAUGGCAGGCUGACCGGGUCGGAGAGGGAGCUGAUCCUGCAGCGCAGGCUGGACGGCAAGCAUUGUUUGGUAGUCGCCGAGCUCAACGAUGCGUUUGAGCGACUGAGUAGCAGCAGCAGACCCCAGAGCCGGGAGAGUAGCCGACCCCAAAGCCCGUCAUCUGUUGUCUCUUUAGAGGAGGAUGCAACCACUUACCAGGUUCAGUUCUACAGCGAGUCCGGUGGGGGGUGGAAAGCCCUGACCCGGCUGCCCGAGGAAGCCAACAGCAAGGGCUGCGGGGUGUGUGUGCUCUACAACUACCUGUUUAUCGCAGGGGGCAUCAGGGGCAGCGGGGACAAGGCCAAGCUCUCCGACCAAGUCUUCUGCUAUAAUCCUCUCACUGAUUCCUGGGAGAAGCUCCGAGCAAUGUCCCAGCCCCGCUCCCAGCUCAAGCUGCUGGCUUUAGAUGGCUACCUGUACGCCAUCGGGGGCGAGUGUCUCUUCACUGUGGAGAAGUACGACCCACGCCUUGACCGCUGGACAACAAUAGCCCCGAUACCCAAAGGGGCAUUUGCUGUGGCCCAUGAGGCUACUACCUGCAAUGGGGAGAUCUAUGUUUCAGGGGGGACUCUGUUCUACCGGCUGCUCAAGUAUGAGCCCAAGCGGGACGAAUGGCAAGAAUGUCCGUACAACAACAGUCGCAGACGAUCUGCCGGGAUGGUCUCCUAUAGGGGCUGCAUCUAUCGCUUCGACAUCAGCCGGGAGCACGGCCUUAGCGUCUUCACCUACAAUUCCAUGGCUCGACACUGGAGUGAGGGGGUUCAUCUCCUGCGCCCCGGCCCUGGGCCGCCCCACUCUAACAUGCCCUUCAGAUGCACAGUAAUGGGCAGCCACAUCUACUGCUUGAAUCGUGCCAGCGCCCUGCGAGUGCCCUUACCCCCAGAGGGAACCGGAGGAGAGAUGGGCAGCUGUGAGGCAGAGCGCUUCCCAACCGCAGAGGAGGCUAAGGGGGUCCUUUUUCCUUUUGUUCUUUCUUUGCCAGAUGGCAAGCAAGUACACUGAAGGGCCCAUGUGCUAACACAAGUGCAAAGGUGCAUAAAGUACAGAAACCCAUAGCCACCAGACAUGUGUUUACACUAGCCAUGCUUUUCCUGAUCAGAGCUGACCAAAGGAGCUUUGGCAUCCAAGCAUGGCUCUUUGCACCCUACUUCCCAAGGCCCCCCGUCAAAAUCUCCCAUUGUCUAGAAGAGUUAGGGGUGGACCAGCUGACACAGGAAGGGUAAGGAGAGACAAGAAACUGGUCCAAAUUGAGCUGCUCAAAUAGUGUGCUGGUGCAUACCAUAACAAACAUAUUUACUGAAAUUCUUCCCUUCACCCUUGCUGGUGCCUAUAUUGCUUGCCCUGUAGAUCUGGUCAGAACAAUAAUGUCCACCCUGUGUCUUGGGGCCUGUUAAGCUGCACCCCAUAGCACUUCCAGUAGGAAACCUCUCAAGGAAUCUUUGGGAGUAGUGUUUCUAUAACAGUUCAAGUGAGACAAUUUGGACCCCAGAAUUAGACCAACACAACUAAUUACUGACUUGCAACUGUGGGUCACUGUAAUUGUUCAUUUUUUCACCUUUGUGGAUAAAUACAUUCCUAUAAAGGAAUAGUUUACACAGAGAUGCCCAAAUGUGCAGUCAUCCUGUUGUUUUUGCAUUAUUGCUCACAGCAUCCUCCUGCAUGGUCUGUCUGUGUAAGGAUGCUGGGAGUUAUAGUCUUACAGCUGCCACAGGACCACAAGUUGGCUUUCUCUGGGCGACACAUGUAUAUGUUCUCCAGAUAUACAGAUUUAUGGCAUGCCUACAUCCUGAUUGCUUUUAACUUCAGCAUCUACAGUAACCCAGCAUCAUUAAAUGUGCAUGCUGCUCGCUGUAUUCCAAUGAUGAAUAACAUGUGUAUACAUUGCUCCCCUUCCCCACCUUCUGCUACUGGGUCAAAUGUUUCUCUUCAGCUGGCCAAUCUAUGACUGGUUUCCUACAGGUUUGGUUACAUUCACUAAGGAAAAAGGGAAGCCCUAGUAAACACAGGUAUGGAGUCUAUUAUUCAGAAUUCCUAGGGUUUUCUGUAUUAUUAAAAAAACAAAACAUUUUUUAGGCUACUUAAUAAUAAAAUAUUAACAUUUAGGCUUAUUUUAGUUAUUUUUUAAGGCUCAAGUAACAAUCUUAUAAUUACAGAGAGAAAGUAAAUCAGCCAAAAAUAAAAACUGGUUUAAGUAAACUGAAUUGAUAAAAUUACAUUCUUAGAUUUCUGAGAUUUUUGGAUAACAGGUUUCUGGAUAGUAGAUGCCAUACCUAUAGUAUUUAUUUAUCAGUUCCUUUUUUAAGAUCUCCAUCAACUGUGAAUAAUCUGAUUUCUUUUAUUGUUAAUUUUCUUGGAAGCUUUUAUUUAGUGAGUCUUUAAUCAUGUUUUAUAUCUGUUGCCAUUGUGGCUCUGAGUACAUGUAGCAAGCUACAAUAAUAUAUGAGGAUUUAAAAUAUUGGCGUUCUAUGCAUAUUAAACUUGCACCGUAGCUCUAGUAUCCAUGGUAACGGCUGGAUCCAAUGUCAAAUGUAACCGUGACAAAAACAUAAAUUAAAGUACAACUCACCACAAAA